GACAGAGAGAGAGGGAGGGUGAGAGAGUGGGGGAGAGGGGGUACGGAGAGAGCAACAAAACCGCUGGAAGGGCAGCGAGAAGAGCGAAAAGAGAGAGAAGGAUAAAAAACUUCAGGAGGCGUCAGUCGCAGGCUAAACCGGGUCAAUGUGUGGAAUAUUGCUGGUCCCGGCUGGAAGUUAUUCCCGAUGGACGGCACUAUUAAGGAGGCUCUGUCGGUGGUGAGCGACGACCAGUCCCUGUUUGACCCCACGUACGGCGCGGCCGCGCAGCUCCCCAAGGACAUGACAGCCUCCGGCAGCCCCGACUUCGGGCAGCCCCACAAGAUCAACCCCCCGCCCCCCCAGCAGGAGUGGAUCAACCAGCCCAUGAGGGUCAGUGUCAAACGGGAGUACGACCACAUGAAUGGAUCCAGGGAGUCCCCCGUGGAUUGCAGCGUGAGCAAGUGUGGGAAGCUGGUGGGAGCAGGGACCGAGUCCAACGCCAUGAGCUACAGCACCUACAUGGACGAGAAGAACGGGCCUCCCCCCAACAUGACCACCAACGAGAGGAGAGUCAUCGUCCCUGCAGAUCCCACCCUCUGGACCCAGGAGCACGUGCGCCAGUGGCUGGAGUGGGCUAUCAAGGAGUACGGCUUGAUGGAGAUCGACACCACCAUCUUCCAGAACAUGGACGGCAAGGAGCUCUGCAAGAUGAACAAGGACGACUUCCUGCGCACCACCUCCCCCUACAACACAGAAAUCCUGCUGUCUCACCUCAGUUACCUCAGGGAAAGUAGCUCACUGCUGGUCUACAACACUCCAUCCCACACAGAUUCCUCACGUCUUGCCACCAAAGAAGAUCCCUCCUAUGAUGCAGUCAGGAGAGCAGGAUGGGGCAGUAAUGGGAAUUCUGGCCUCUCCAAAAGCCCUCCCGUUGCAGGGACACAAAAUGUGAAUAAGACAACGGAGCAGCAGCGGCCCCAGCCAGAUCCCUACCAAAUCCUGGGGCCCACCAGCAGCCGUCUUGCCAAUCCAGGGAGCGGGCAGAUCCAGCUGUGGCAGUUCCUGCUGGAGCUGCUGUCGGACAGCUCCAACGCCAGCUGCAUCACCUGGGAGGGCACCAACGGCGAGUUCAAGAUGACGGACCCUGACGAGGUGGCGCGGCGCUGGGGCGAGAGGAAAAGCAAACCCAACAUGAAUUACGACAAGCUGAGCCGGGCGCUGCGAUACUACUACGACAAGAACAUUAUGACCAAAGUGCAUGGCAAGAGGUAUGCCUACAAAUUUGACUUUCACGGCAUUGCCCAGGCCCUGCAGCCCCACCCCACCGAGUCCUCCAUGUACAAGUACCCGUCAGAUCUGCCCUACAUGCCGUCCUAUCAUGCCCACCAGCAGAAGGUGAACUUUGUGCCCCCACACCCCUCCUCCAUGCCUGUCACAUCAUCCAGUUUCUUUGGAGCGGCCUCCCCCUAUUGGACCUCCCCUGCAGGAAGCAUUUACCCCAACCCCAACGUGCCCCGCCACCCCAACGCCCACGUCACACCACACUUGGGCAGCUAUUACUAAAUGCUCUCAGCUACCGAUGGCCUUGAGCAGUCUGGUUGGACUUUUUCUUUACUCCUGGGAUUUUUACUGUUUUGGGGGGGACCCUUAAUGGAUAAUUGUGGCCUUUCUUGGGAAGAAUUAAAACUGGAUAUUUGUUAUUCCUGGACCAAACCUUUUACUUUUGUAACUUUGCCUCUUGUGUCUUGAACUGAGAGAUGGAAGCUCCUGUGGGCCAGUACUGUGCAUUUAAUUUGGGGUUUAAGGAUUGUGUCCUCUGUAGGAAGUGACAAUGAAGACACUUCACCGUUCCCUGGAAUCAUUAUUAGCUUUUGGAUGAGAGGAAUUUUUAAGUAUUCAAAGGCUUUUGACAAGGCGUAGAUCCAGCUAUGGAUCAUAGGAAAAUAUGACCACAAUGGGGUUUUUCUUACUGGCCAUUGACCAUUCUGUGGAGGAUGUCGGGCUGCAGGGGACCACAACUGGAAUCUUAGCUCUAAGGUGGAGGAGGAUUUUCACCCAACUGGAAAUUAAAUAUAUAUAUAUAUAUAUAUAUACAUAUAUAUAUAUGUACAUGUAUAUUUUAAGAAGUAAAGGGCAUUGAAGGAACUUUUCUAGAGUACAACUUCAUUCGACUGUGUGUGAACUCAAAAAGCAGCAGAAACCAGAACAAAGCAUAACACAAAGUCAAGCACAGACAUUCCUUGAAAGCAGAAGUGAAGUGAAUAAACGACAGCAGGUCCCUGGCUCUGCCCGAGCCGCGGGGCUCUGGAAGCACCGAUUCGCGAACGCUGUGCGUUUGUCAGACCGUCAAACCAAGGGUCAACAAUCCAGAAGGCAAAUUACUGUAUAAAUUAUGCAGAGUUAUUUUUCCCUAUAUCUCACAGUUUUAAAAGAAAGAGUAAAUAAAACGAGUUGACCUCGGUCACAAAUGCAGGUUUGUUUUUUACUAUCAGCUCGGUUGUUUUUGUUUAUUUUUUUAAUGUAAUUUGUACAUCUUUUCAAUCUGUACAUUUGGGCUGUAGCUUUGUACUUUUUGCUUAAAGAAAAAAACAAAAAAAAAGACAUGAGUAAUGUAUCUGCUGGAGAUAGGCUUGGUCCUGCAAUUGGAUCCGUGACUGACCCCAAAGUGGCCAGAAACCUUCCCGAUUGCCCUGGGUUUGUCUAGAGGAGAGGAUUUUCAGUAUUAGUCUGUUGGAGCUGUCUGCAAAUUAACUCCAUUUACUCCUAUGUUUGCAUUCAGGCUGAUUGAAAACAGGCCCAACAUCUCAAGGCAACCAUUGCAAUAUUCUGUGAUCACUUUUCACCCAAAUUCUGAACUUUGGGAAGAUCUUAACCACUUUAUAGAUAAAAUGACAAAAUACUCCUCUUUUUGAUGGCUUCUGCUGGGGGGUUCUGUGGAAAUCCAACCCCUUCCAGAGCUCUCAGCCAUCCCCAGCUUUGCACGUGUGAAUGUGACGCUGCACAAGCGGCGGUUUGGUGCCGUAAACAGAGGGUAAACCACAAGCAUUUGGGGUUUGGAACAGAUGUCUGGGGGGCGAGAUUUCCAUGUACAACCCAUUAGCUGACUUGUAUUAAGUGGCAGCCAAUUAACAGGAUCACAACUAUCUAGUCUAGACCAACCCCUGCGACUCUGUGGGGGCGGGAUUUGGUCCAUGUGCAUCCGAUUGCAGGAGGAGAGUCUGAAACCAGAGCGCUGGAGUCUGCUCAGAACGUUAAACACAAGCACUGAUGCCAUUAUUUAACAAAGUGGGAAGAGAAGAUCAAGCUAAUGCAGUUAGGUCUUAGUGCUUUCGGGGUGUUUUUAAGUAACAUUUCUGCAAUAAUCGCAAAAUUUAAGUAUGAAGGAACUACCCAUGGAAAUGGGGCUUUUGCUACUAUAUAUAUGCAAUGUACUUUUUGGAUAUUAAAAUAUAUAUAAUUUUGCAAG